CACAACAUCACCAGCAAAAGUCCUCCCAACAACCCACACCACACCUCUGUCGAAUAGCCCAUUCUCCAACCACGUCGCCGCCAUCAUGAUCAACCAAACGGGAAUGCUCGGCGAAGAUGGCAUCCACAUCGACAUGAACCACCUCAAGUCCGGCGAGGUCAACCUCGGGACUUCCAUCAUGGCCAUCAACUUCAAAGACGGCGUCAUCCUCGGCGCCGAUUCCCGCACAACCACCGGCGCAUACAUUGCCAACCGUGUCACAGACAAGCUCACACAAGUCCACGACACCAUCUGGUGCUGUCGGUCAGGAUCAGCCGCUGACACCCAAGCCGUUGCCGACAUUGUCCAGUACCACCUCAGCACAUACGGCAUCCAGAACGAUGAUGCGCCCACCACACAGACGGCGGCUGCGCUAUUUCAAGAGCUCUGCUACGAAAACAAGGACAUGUUGAGUGCUGGAAUCAUCAUCGCAGGUUGGGAUCCCCGGCACGGGGGACAGGUAUACCAGAUUCCAUUGGGAGGUUCGCUGCACAAGCAGGCUUUCGCCAUUGCUGGUUCGGGAUCCACAUACAUCUACGGAUACACAGACGCGAACUGGAAAGAGGGCAUGACGGAAGAAGAAGGCAUUGCGUUUGUCAAGGGCUCAUUGAAAGAGGCGAUCAAGUGGGAUGGCAGUUCCGGUGGCGUGAUUCGUAUGGUUGUCCUCACAGCAAAGGGAGCCGUCCGGCACCUGUACCUGCCCGACAGGAAUUACGAGGGACCGGGAACUGAGAAGCCAUAGAGCGCAGCACGAGAUGAUGAAAUGGACACACUUGCAUAGACAUGCUCUCCCACCAGCCCUGUGCAGCCAGGCCAUGGAGUGUCAAGUCAGGGACAGGAAGAACUGUAGAUUUGCAUGAGCUUUGCGCGCCGAAAAGAGGCUGCAAUAGUAUCCCACAAGCAGACCAAGCUUUCACCGCGCCCAUCCCAUUUCUAGACGAGGGUUCUAGUGUGGAAGUAGUGAGGAUUGAGCGAUGCGGUUCACCUCAUACAGAAGCUGACAUGAAGCACUUGCAAGAUCGUGGACAGUAUUAGUCGUGACGCUUACCCCAGUCUGCACAAGUGGAUAUAGCGUCUUUCGUCCAAGCAGGCGUCGACCGCGGGCCACAUGGGUGACAUGGCUACAUAUGACUAGAUUAUUAGAGCGACACAUGUGAAGAUGCAUUGUACCAAUGAGGGUGCUCGUCCGCUUGUUAGGAGGUACGUCUCUUUAGCGUAGCUGGCUAGUGUUCCUCUGCGUAGUUUGCUUUCAUACGCGGCGAGCGCGGUUAUUCAUCGAGGUACAAGGAAGGGUACAGUGGAGGCGGAGGCGAUGCAGCUCUCGAGCUCGAUGCCAG